UCCAACUCUCUCUCUCUCUCUCUCUCUCUCUCAGAAGAUGGCCGGGAAGAGUCGUGUUUACAAAAGCUCGCACUUUUCAUGCGGGCAAAUGGAAGCGCUGAGUGCUUUAUGCGACACCUUGUUGCCCUCCGUAGAUGUUGAUGGUCAGCUUCAUCCAUCCUUCCACCGCCAAUUCUAUCAAACAUCAGCUUCCAUGACCGCAACUCCACACCAUGUUGCUGAACUACUUGGAGGAAAAAUAGAACAUCCUAAGAUUUACUUGGGAAGAUUGGCAGUAGGGUUGCUGUCCACAAGAAUAGGUACUUUCGUACUAUGUGGGAGAAAAAGUUUAUGUCCAAAAUUUCCGUAUUUUCAGACAUUUUCAGAGGUACCAUAUGAGGAAAGAGAACAAAUACUGCGGUCAUGGUCCACCAGCAAUUUCCUUCUCCUCAGGAUCCUCUUUACUGCUCUCAAAUUCUUUACUCUACUCCUAUUUUUCACUCAGGUGAAUGAGAAGGGUGAGAACCUCUCAUGGAAAGCAAUAGGCUACUGCGGGCCGGAUCCGGGCUGCGCCAAGACUCGAAUACUCAAGACUAGUGGACCACAAGAAUGUGAAGAGAAAGAAGAUGGUGCAAGUCAAGAUGAGUUGUUUGGACCACUUUACAAAGGCAUCAUCAACUUGGACCAAUCAAGGGAAGAAGCCCUUCACAAACUACAGAGCUUAGGCUUUCCUGUCUCCACACCGCAUUCAAGGAACAGACGACUAAUGUCCUUAAAUCCAUCAUUCAUUGUCAAAUGUGAUGCAGUAGUAGUUGGUUCUGGCUCCGGUGGUGGAGUCGUGGCAGGGGUUCUUGCAAACGCCGGCCACAAAGUGCUUGUGCUAGAAAAAGGAAGCUAUUUUGCAAGAACAAAUCUUUCACUUCUUGAAGGGGAAGCAAUGGAUCAAAUGUACCUUGGGAAUGGUAUGUUAGUGACCGAUAAUCUAGACGUUCUGAUUGUUGCAGGAUCAACAGUAGGUGGAGGAUCAACAAUAAAUUGGUCGGCCUCAAUUCGCACCCCAUCUCACGUCAUGAGAGAAUGGAGUGAAAAACACGAGCUAGAGUUAUUCGGUAGUGAAGUCUAUCAGCAGGCCUUGGAUGUUGUAUGCCAAAAAAUGGGAGUUCAAUCAGAAGUUGAGCAUGAAGGAUUCAACAACAUGAUCUUGAGAAAAGGGUGUGAGAAUUUGGGGUAUCCUGUGGAGACUGUCCCGUGCAACGCUCCUUCAGAUCAUUACUGCGGUUGGUGCUGUUUUGGCUGUAAAGAUGGUAGGAAGAAAGGUACCUCAGAGACAUGGCUGGUGGAUCUGGUUGAAUCAGGAAAUGGUGCUAUUCUGCCUACAUGUGAAGCCAUAAAAGUGAUCACAGACGACAUCAAUGGCAAGAAAAGGGCUAUUGGGGUUGCUUUUGCAUUCGACACUCCAUUCGGGAGAGAAAUAGGCAUCGUGGAGUCAGACGUAACCGUUGUUGCAUCAGGUGCAAUCUGCACUCCAGCCCUGCUGAAAAGGAGUGGCUUAAAGAAUCCAAAUGUUGGCAAGAACUUUCACAUUCAUCCAGUGGUAAUGGCAUGGGGCUACUUUCCUGACCCUUCACCUGAUGCAUGGCCUGCACCAGAAAAGAGAAGUUAUGAAGGAGGCAUAAUAACAGCAAUGUCAAAAGUCGUAGCAAAUUUUGAAACGUCGGGUUAUGGGGCUAUAAUACAGACUCCAUCACUGCAUCCUGGAAUAUUUUCUUUACUAAUGCCAUGGAUUUCAGGCAUAGACAUGAAAAACAGGAUGGUUAAGUUUUCCAGGACUGCUCAUGUAUUUGCACUGGCCAGAGAUAAAGGGUCGGGGGUGAUAACUUCAGAGACUGACAUAAGCUACAAACUGGAGGAUUUUGAUCAAGAAAAUCUAAGUAAAGGAUUGGAGAAAUGUAUGAGGAUAUUGGCAGCUGCUGGCGCUGAGGAAAUUGGGACUCAUCACAGCACGGGACGGGUCUUGAAAGUGAAGCAAGCCAGUGAGAAAGAAUUUGAGAGGUUUGUGAAAGAGGAGAGUUUAAGGCCAUUGCAAAAACUGUCGGCCCCUAUAGCUUCGGCACAUCAGAUGGGGAGCUGCAGAAUGGGAGUGGAUCCAAAGGGCUCAGUGGUUAACCCAAAGGGAGAGACUUGGGAGGUGGAGGGGCUUUUCGUGGCCGAUUCUAGUGUUUUUCCUACUGCGUUGGGAGUGAAUCCUAUGGUGACUGUUCAGGCCACUGCUUAUUGCAUUGCACAAUCAGUUCUUCAAAUUCUUGAGCCGAAGAAGAUAAUGUAGAGAGCAGUAUUUGAUGUCUACUCUUAGGAGCAAACAUGAUUUGGAAGUUGUAAUAAAAUGUUUGAGUUUGAGCUUGUUGAUACAAUAAUAUGAUGUACGAAAUAUCAUGUCUGGUUGUGUAACUUGAACACCAUGUUUGAAUUCGAGCUUGUUGAUACAAUAAUGACGUGUCAAUGCACGUGGUAAUGACAUGUCUUUUUCAGUUA